GGCCGGCCGCCGCUGCGCGCAGGCGCGGGGCGCGUCGCUGGUGUCCGGCGGCGGGCGCGAUGGGGCUGAGUCGUGUGCGCGCGGUCUUCUUCGACCUGGACAACACGCUCAUCGACACGGCCGGGGCAAGCAGGCUGGGCAUGCUGGAGGUGAUAAAGCUCUUGCAAUCAAAAUACCAUUAUGAAGAAGAGGCUGAGGUCAUCUGUGACAAAGUUCAAGUUAAGCUCAGCAAGGAGUGCUUUCACCCUUACAACACAUGCAUCACGGAGCUGAGGACUUCUCACUGGGAGGAAGCCAUCCGGGAGACCAGAGGGGGCGCUGGCGACAGGAAACUGGCCGAGGAGUGUUACUUCCUGUGGAAGUCCGCCCGUUUGCAGCACAUGACGCUGGCAGAGGACGUCAAGGCCAUGCUCACUGAACUUCGGAAGGAAGUGCGCCUGCUCCUGCUCACCAACGGGGACCGGCAGACGCAGAGGGAGAAGAUCGAGGCCUGCGCCUGUGCGUCCUACUUCGAUGCCAUCGUGAUCGGCGGGGAGUACCCGGAGGAGAAGCCGGCGCCCUCCAUAUUCUACCACUGCUGCGACCUGCUGGGAGUGCAGCCUGGAGACUGUGUGAUGGUCGGUGACACGCUAGAAACGGACAUCCAAGGAGGCCUCAACGCGGGACUGAAAGCGACCGUGUGGGUCAACAGGAGCGGCGGCGUGCCGCUCAAGUCCGCGCCGGUCCCGCAUUACGUGGUUUCCUCCGUGCUGGAGCUGCCCGCUCUGCUACCAAGCAUAGACCGUAAAGGCAGCAGGUCAGCCUGAAGCACGGGCAGGGCCACGACGGUGGGGCCCUGGGCUGCAUCCAGCACGCGC